AUGAAUUGUUAUUUUCUAUAUCAAUGCUUAUAUCCAAAAAUUAAUAUGGCAGAAGUCGUGGCUGGAUUUUUCCAAGGUUUAGGGAUGGCAUUAAGCAGUUAUCCUUUAGAGUAAAUCAUAUACAGUACAAUAAAGGUUAGAAUGCAAUCAGGAAAUUUUUCUUCAGUGAAUGAAUGUAUCAAAAAUUCUUUCAAAAAUCACGGAUUAUUUGGAUUUUACCGUGGAGUUGGUAGCCUGAUUUAUACUUCUCCACUUAGAAGUUCAAUGUCUUUGGCUUUAUACAACAAUGCGCGAAAUAGAUUAAAAUGCGAGACGCCUUUUUACAACGGUAUAGGAGCUGGAGCUAUUACGGGAGGAUUUAUGGCAUCAAUUGUAUGCCCUAUUGAAGUAAUCAAGUGCUCUAUUCAGACCUCAAGCCAAAAACUAAAGACUCUUGAAUACGCAAAGACUUUGUAUAAAAAUCACGGGAUUAAAAUAUUUUACCAAGGCUUAAAGAUUACCCUUUUAAGAGAGCUUGUCGGAUUUUCCGUAUUUUUCGGUACUUAUGAGCAUAUGAAAACAAUAUUAGUAAAUAAAUAUCAGAAAAUCCCGAGCUGAGGGUAUUUUUUAGCUGGCUCUGUUUCUGGAGUUAUUUGUACGAUAAGUGUGUUUCCUAUAGAUACAAUAAAGACAGUCUUUCAAACUAAUAGUUCUAAACUUACAUAUCCCCAAACUGUAAAAUUUAUUUUAUCAAGUAGAGGAGCUUUAGGAUUUUGGAAAGGCUUGUUGCCUUCUGCUUUGAGAUCACUAAUUUCAUUUGGGACUGGAUUUUUUGCUUAUGAGCAAGUAAAAAGCUGUUUAUUAAGCAUCUCUUAG